CGGCCGUGCGGUGGGCUGCAGAGCGGGCCCGUGCGUGGGCCGCGGCCGGCGGGCGAUCCUGGGGGUGGGGGCGGGGAGGCGCCCGGGCCGCCGGCUUCUCACCAGGAAGCGCCUGGUUUCGUCUCUGUCCUGAACGCGCGCCGGGACUGGGGCCAUAACAGAGAACUGGGUUGGAAAUGGAGUCGCCUGGACUUGAUACCAGCACUGCAGGUGGCGGCUUUACCUGCUGUGCCACAGUGCCAACCCCCAAAGAAUAUUUUGAGGUACUAAUAGAGGAACCUGUUACCACAUGUCUUUCUCCCUCAGUGUAUGACAUUAUUUGUAAAGUUGGUUUUGAAGUCAAAGAACUUUGUGCUAUCAAUAGCGUUGUAUCUCAGAGUGGUGAAGUGUAUUGGAAGACAGUCACAGAGUGUUUGAGAUAUGCAGAGUCAGACCAAGACCUGGAUUACUGGGGAAGUGUGCGGCUGCUGGGCCCUGUAUGUGAAGCCGUCCAUCUACAUUUCUUAUCUCUGACUAAGGGACAGUUUGAAACUCGAUAUGCUCCGUCACUCCAGUGGACGGGUUUUUCAGAGUUAUUUCCUGAAAUAUUUGACUCCUUGAAAAGUCUACAAUCGCCUGCUAUUUCUCUUAGCUUAAUGAAACUGACAUCAUGUCUAGAACGAGCCUUGGGUGAUGUGUUUUUACUGAUUGGGAAAGAAUGUCCCUUUCUCUUAAGAGAUCUGCUUGCCUCUGAGGAGCUUGCCCAGGUCUUCGGUCAGUCUGUGGUGGAUGUGCUGAAAGUCUUCAUUGGCUCUCCACGGGGACUCAACCUGCGGAACAUCUUGUGGCAUGGAUUUGCAUCACCCCGAGAGGUUCCUCCAAAAUACUGUUCAAUGAUGAUGCUGUUGACAGUAGGAUUGGGACAGUUACUGAAGAGUUUCCUUCAACAAACCACAUUUACGUUGACACAUCGAUCCCUCAUAACUCUUAGGAACCUAGAGGAGUUGAUUGUUUUUCCUGAUGUUCCUUAUGAAGUACUUUCAGUGUUAGAAGAAAUCAUGAAAAAAUCCUCUUUUAUAUUAAAAGUCAUGUUACCAUACUGGGAAGCUGCGUUGGUCAGGUUCAGGUCACACAGGUUUGCUGACUGUGCCAUACUGUUAUUGACACAACUGGAGACUGGACUUAGGAAAGUUUUUGCUACAGUUAACAAAUGUCCCAAAAGACUGCUGACUGCUGAGUCAACAGCUUUUUAUACCACCUUUGAUGAUGACUUUCUCUGGGAUUUCCUGAACCAUCAGGAGGGUCCCCGGAUAAGAGAUCACUUAAGCCAUGGGGAGAUCAACUUACCUGAAUUUCCAAAAGAAGUGACCAAUCAGUUGCUUGGAUUUUCUGUUGUCCUUUUACUGAGGUUUGUUGAUGAAGAGCUGUCAGCAGUUUAUAAGGAAAAAGCAUCAAUAAAGUCAUUGAUAAGUCUUGCAGAAGGCUAUAGUUCUCACUGCCAUCCGAUUUCCCAGCUUAAAAAGCAGGUGCUGAGCUGUGAGGAGAAGAUCAGGAUCUGGCCUCUGCUGCCUUUGCCCGAGGAGAACACUUGGGAAGCAGGCAGAUUAGAAGGUGAUGCUGAAGCAAGUGCCUGCAACUCUUUGAUUACGCAGAUUCUGGAAGAGCUGUACCGCCAUGCGCCCGAACAUUGUGUGUGUGGGAACUCACAGUAUUCUGCCCCUGAGAAGUGGCACCGGCUGCUCGGUGAACUCUGCCGGAUGCGUGUUCCCACGCUGUUCUGCCCCAGGAAUGUCGUUGAGGUGCUGGUUGUGCUGCGAAGCAUCUGCUCCCAGUGCCAGCGCGUGUCUGGCCAGGUGAUUGCCUCUGCAGAGCUGAGGCACAGGCAGUGGCUGGAGAGGAGGCUGCGGUCCCGCCAGCGGCAGAACUACGUGCGCAUGGCGAGCAGUAUCAGGCUUCUGUCUCCUGUGCUUUACCUGAUGUUACUGCUCAUUGCGCUGGAAUUGGCUAACAUUCAUGUGGUUCUUGGAAAAGAUACUUCUGAAUAUCAGCACUACCUCAGGUUCUUAAAAUCCAUCCUGCAGUACACUGAGAACCUGGUGGUCUACACCAGCCAGGACAAGAACAAGUGGAAUGAAGCUGUCAGUCUUACACAUACAGCUUUGUUGAAGAUUUGGACUUUCAGUGAGUCGAAACAAAUGUUAAUACACCUAGCUAAGAACCCGCAAGUGAAGUAGUCUAGUGGAAGCAUGUGUAAGUAGGGUGCUGUUGGUUCUAACAGAGCCCCAGUGUGAGCGGCCAGCAGGAGUGCAGUGGGUUGCGGGGACGUGAUCGGCCCAGGCUGUCUUUCCCCACAGUUGUCGGAUUCGCCCUCCCUGGGCUGUCGAGCUCGGGCGGGCUGCUGUCUUGAUCACACGGCUGCAGCAACCUUGGCUGUGCGGCCCCGGAAGAUGCCACUCGGAGGACGGCAGAGCCACCCUUCACUCACUGGCUUCCCUGUGGCCAGCACCCAGACGUCCACCCUGGCCUGCCACGGGGCGAGAAGCAUGGACUUGGGCCAUGAGGGCCCAUCGCUGGAGCUGGGGAUGCAGUGGGUGCCGUGAGGCCUUGCGGGCAAGCCCUGGGGUGGGGCGGUUCCUGGAGGGUGAGGCCUGUGGGCUCAGGUGCCUCAGAGAAUCGUGGCUGCUCCUUAUCUGCCCUCGAACCUCCUUGGCACGUGGAGCCUGCAGCUGUCCAAGGGAGGAUGUGCUGGGACGUGCAUUCGGCUCUAGGGAGCCCCUUGGGGUGGUGGAUGCCAUGUGACAACAGACAGUCGGGCACGUGCUGUCCACUCCUUUGUCAGCUCACACCUAACCGCCCCCCACCCCACCCCCUUAAACCAUACUUCCAGGUAAAAGUAAAAACAGUGUGCUCCCA